AUGGGAAAGAAACGCAUCAAAGGCAAAACUUCGCAGUCUGAUGAGUCUCUGGAUAUGCUAGAACCUGUGUGCAAGCAUAUUCGUAAAGGAUUGGAACAAGGUCAUCUGAAGAAGGCGCUGCUGAACGUGGAAUGGCACGUUUGUCAGGACUGCAAGACAGACAAUAAGACACAAGAGAAAUCUGAGGAGGAGGGUGAUGAAAGCCCUUCAAUAUGGUUAUGUCUGAAAUGUGGCCAUAGGGGCUGUGGCAGAAAUUCUCAAGAGCAGCAUGCUUUAAAGCAUUAUACAACGCCGAGGUCAGAUCCCCAUUGUUUGGUUCUCAGUUUGGACAACUGGAGUGUGUGGUGCUACAUAUGUGAUAAUGAAGUCUCAUAUAAUACUUCAACACGACUAGGCCAGACUGUGGAUUAUGUUAGAAAACAAGUUGGCUGUGACUCAUCAGGUACAGCAGAAAAACAACAAGAGAAAAAAGAAUUUGAAAAUAAAAAGGUGGAAAAAGACAGCAAAAAUGAGCAAGAAAAAGAAGUCUCACUUAAAGAAGAGAAUUCUCAUUCAAGUGCUAACUCGGAAGUGACUGUGAAAGGACUUAGUAACUUGGGGAAUACAUGUUUCUUUAAUGCAGUGAUGCAGAAUUUAUCACAAACUCCAGUCCUGAGGGAGCUGCUUAAAGAAGCUAAAAUGCCUGGCACAACAGUUAAAAUCGAGUCACCUGAGUUAUCGAUGGAACCUCAGCUGAUAAAACUAGAUCAGCCAGGUCCUUUGACAUUAGCCAUGUUUCAGUUCCUGACAGAAAUGCAAGAGACAAAAAAAGGGGUAGUCACUCCUAAGGAACUUUUUGCUCAGGUUUGUAAAAAAGCAAUACGAUUUAAAGGUUAUCAGCAGCAAGACAGUCAUGAAUUGCUUCGUUACUUACUUGAUGGAAUGAGAGCAGAAGAAAUUCAACGGAUAAGUGUUGGAAUACUGAAGGCGUUGACUGACUCUAACAAACAAAAUGAAGAAGAACUUAAAAAGAAAAUUAAAGAAUACGAAAAGAAAAAGGGAAUACAAAGUUUUGUAGAUCGAAUCUUUGGUGGAGAAUUAACCAGUACAAUUAUGUGUGAUGAAUGCAGAACCGUAUCCUUGGUCCAUGAGUCUUUCCUUGAUUUGUCACUUCCUGUACUAGAUGAUCAGAAAGUAAAAAUUACAAAUGAGAGAAAUGUUAAAAAAACCAAAGAAAAGGAAUCUGAAGAUGAAGAGGAUAAAAACAAUGACUGUUAUCGUAAGCAGAGAGAUGAGCCUCCUGGUACAAGUAAGCACCUUCAGAAAAAAGCAAAGAAACAAGCCAAAAAACAAGCCAAGAGCCAGCGCCGCCAGCAAAAACUUCAAGGAAAAGUGCUUCACUUGACAGAUAUCUGUGCAACUGAACAGCCAGAAAAAGAUUUUGAGUAUAGCCAAGAAUCAGAGGCAGAAAUUAACUCUGAAACUCCUGAUACAAAGCAAGAAGAGGAAUCAUCAAAUGAUUGCAAAGAUCACUGUUUAAAUCAAAAAGACUUGAGUAUACAGGGAAACAGUACAGAAGUUCAGAGCAUGCAUGAAAAUACAGAAAAGACAGAACAAAUGUGUGUAGAAAAUGAGUCUCUUGUGGAUUUCCCUAUGGAAGGCUUAGAUUCUCCUGUAAAGUUUGUCAAUGGCCUUGACAAUCUAUCUUUGAAAGAUGAGGAUGAUGAAAAUGAACAGGAGGAAGAACUUGCUACCGACUUUUCAAAACUACACUUGGGUGCCAAUGCUGAAUCUGAUAAGAGUACCUUAGAUAACCUUCAAACUGUUCCCAUCAAGACGUGUGAAGUAUCAACUGAAGAUCCAGAAACAGCAUUUUGUACUCUUGCAACCAGGGAAGAGCUGAACUCAGAAGAAGGUUCAGUCCAUCACUGUUUGUAUCAAUUUACCCGUAAUGAAAAACUUACUGAGACCAAUAAACUACUCUGUGAUGUAUGUACACAAAGACAUUAUGGACCAAAGAAGAACAUCAAAAGUGAAAAGUAUGUUUAUACAAAUGCCAAAAAGCAGAUGCUAAUCUCUCUUGCUCCUCCAAUUUUAACUCUUCACUUAAAGAGGUUUCAACAGGCUGGAUUUAAUCUACGGAAGGUUAACAGGCAUAUCAAGUUUCCAGAAGUGAUAGACUUGGCUCCUUUCUGUACAGCUAAAUGUAAAAACGUGGCUGAAGGGAAUACUAAAGUAUUGUACUCUCUCUACGGAGUUGUUGAACAUAGUGGAACAAUGAGGUCUGGGCACUACACUGCUUAUGCUAAAAUGAGAAGCAUGAACAAUCAUCUCUCUGAUCUUGUCCUUCAAGGACAGUCUCUCCAAGCUUUAGAAACUGAACCAGUAAAAGGACAGUGGUUCCACAUCAGUGAUACCCAUGUACAAGCUGUGUCUGUGUCAAAAGUGCUGAGCUCACAAGCCUAUCUCCUAUUCUAUGAGCGACUGCUGUAACUCCUCUGAGAAGCCAUCUGCAAGUGGUCUGAAAC